AUGAAUAUCAAGGCAGAAAAUCAAUCACCAGUUUCUCCAGAUAGAAAACAAGCAAGGGCUAUGGUUAGUACUUGUCGACCAGAUGGUGGUCGAUAUUGUUAUUUAACAGAGGCUCUUGAAUUGAUUCUUCUUGGUGAAAGGACAAAUAGAACAGAUAUACAAACACUUCUUAAUACUAUACAUGACAAUGAAACACUUGAUUGGAUGCUUGUAUUAGGAAUUCAACAAUUGAUCUUAUUUGGUCUAGGCAAUCCAACUAAUAUAACUAGCGAUCUUUAUCGACUAAUUCAGAAUCUAGCAGUAAAUGGUUCCACGGGUGUUUUUUGGAAAGAUUUAAAACCUUAUAUAAUACGUUUUGCCAAUCGUCCCACUGCUAUUAAACUUCUUGGAUUUCUUUUUUAUGAUGCACCAAAAAAUGCCAAAACAUAUAUUAAUGAUAUUUAUCUUCAAGAUGUUAAAGAUAAAAAUUGUAAAAGAGCAUUAAGUUUAUGGUUUGAUUCAAUUACAGAUCCAAUAAGAAAUCUUUGGGCACUUCGUUUAUUUGAUGCAAGUGGAAAACCUCCAGCAAAUCUUUUAGCUGCUAAUACAAAUUGGCUUGGUAAUUGGAAUAGUUGUCAUAAAGUCAAAUAUUCCAAUGAAUCAUCUUCAUUUCAAUUUCAAGGACGUUAUUGUCGAGCUAAAGUUCGUGCUCAACCAUCAUUACUUGCUUUAGCUGGUGGUUCACUUGAAGGUUUUCCUGGUAAUCCAGAAGAAUUAGCUGCUAUUGAUCUUGGUUUAUGUGUACCAGAUUUUUGUGGAAAUGAAGAUAUAGCAUCAGUUGUUAAUAAUACUGUUCGAUUAUUAACAAUUCAUCAAUUAACCAAUAUUCGACAUGUUGACGAUGUAUUAUGUGAAAGUUCAGCUAAACUAAAUGCAGCUUAUUAUGUUACAUUAGUACUUAUAACAAUUUUAACAGUCAUUGUUAUAUUAGCAACAUUAUAUGAUUGUUUUUUUCGUACAAUAUUAAAUAAACCAUAUGCAACAAUAAGUACAUUAUCAUUACAAAAUAUUCGUACAUUAUGUAAUUUGACACCAUCAGAUGAACGACCACAUGGAAUUUUUUAUAAAGCUUUAAAUUCUUAUCACUAUCAAUUUUCUAAUCGUCUUCAAUUACAUGGAAUUAGUUAUUCAUCAGAAGUUGACAGAACUAAUGUAUUACAAAGUCGAAAAAAUUGGUAUAAUAGUAUUAUUUAUAAAUUUCAUCGAAUUGCUAUUGAACUUUCAGCGUAUACAGCUAUCCUUAAACCAAUGUCAAAUACAGGUGCAAUGAAAUGUUUAAAUGGUAUUCGUGUUCUUUCAAUGUUAUGGAUCAUAUGGGGUCAUACAUAUAAUUAUAUUGGUGAUCAAAGUUAUUUUUUACUUACUCAAAAUGCACUUGAUUUAUUAGAUCUACAAAAAACACGUGUAGAUGCACAAAUUAUAAUUAAUGCAUUAUAUGGUGUUGAUACAUUUUUUCUUAUAAGUGCUAUGUUAGUUACAUUAUCAUUAAUGCGUAUGUUAAAAAAAAAUGGUAUGCCUAAAUGGUAUUUUUGGCCACUGAUGUAUCUUGAACGUUAUUUACGUCUUAUACCACCAUAUAUAAUGAUAUUUUUAUUAUAUAUAUAUGUUGUACCUUAUAUUGGUCGAGGACCAUUAUGGACAACAGAAAAUUUUCCAAUGAAAAAUGCUGAUUGUCAUGAUUAUUGGUGGGCUUAUUUUCUUUUAGUUAAUAAUUUUGUACCAGGAGGAAAAGGUACACGAUGUUUGGGAUAUUAUUGGUAUGUCUCAAAUGAUUUUCAAUUAUUUCUUAUAGCACCAUUUCUUAUUGUACCAUUAUAUUAUUUUCCAGUAAUUGGUUCAUUUAUGUUAAUUGGAAUUUUAGCAGCAAGUUCCUGUAUAUUAGGAUUUAAUAUUGCAAAUACUUAUCGCGUUGGACACAUUCUUCCUACACUUCAAGCUAUAUGGGAAGAUACUUAUAUCAAACCAUAUUGUCGUGCUGGUCCGUAUGUUAUUGGUAUUGUACUUGGUUAUAUAUUUUUUAAAACUGAUAAAAAGAAAAUUCAUUUACAUCCACUACUUCAUUUAUUUUAUUGGUCAUUAACAAUUGCUUUUAUGGCAACAAGUAUAUUUGGUAAUUGGAGAAAUCAUGAAGAAGGUGCUGUACCAAUGCCUCCUAAUGUAUAUGUACUUUACUUUGUUUUAUCACGUAUUGCUUGGCCAUUGGCUAUAGCAUGGAUUAUAUUUUCAUGUUAUAAAGGUCUUGCACCACUUAUUGAUAGUAUAUUAUCAUGGCGUGGUUUUACAUUUUUUGCUUAUACAUCAUAUACAACUUAUUUAAUACAUCCAAUGAUUAUGGUUUAUUAUAUGUUUGCUCAACAAAAUUUAUUUCAUGCAACUGAUAUAACAUUACUUUAUUUAUUUUUUGGUCAUUUAGUAUUUGCAUUAUUACUUGGAUUUGUAGCACAUCUUGUAUUCGAACGUACAUUUGGUGUUCUUAUUGGAUUAAUUUUACCAAAACGUCAACGAUAA